UAUUAAAAGAGAAACCGAUUUUCGGACACCGAAAACUGCUUCCGAAAAAGGAAUCGCACCGAAAAACGGUAUUGAACAAAAUCGUAGCAGUUGCGCACCGAAAAACGGCGAUACUCCGUGCCGCUUCUCGUCUCCGCGCGCGGGCGGCGAAAACGUAAACUAAUUCGUCCGAUUUUCGGUUCGGGUCGCCAGAUCGCGCCACAGGCGUAGGCACGGCACGGCACGACUGCCGCGCGGCAACUCCGCUCUCCUGACGGUGAGUCUCGUGAAAUCCAAAUGUGUGCUAGGCUUCCACCCAAUAUAUUAAUUGUUUGUUUCAUUCAAAAAUUAGAAAACAAUAUAAUAGUUGUUAUUUCCAUCAGAGAGUGAAUCAAUCAGCAAUGCGUUGUUUUAAUUGGUGUCAUUUCUUUUGUGUUCACGCAGGUGCAGAUACAAUAUUCCAGUUUGGCCUGUUGCCCGUGAUAAUUUAUCCCCGGUGCCAGUCCAUGGUGUUUUCCCUACUAGUUAGGUUAACUUAAAAAACAAUAAUUCGUGAGUAUUAAUUCGGCUUCAGUAGUUUUGGGUUGCCUCCCUGGGGGCUGAGUGUCAAAUUUACGUUUUUUCUUGUACGCCAUUUAGGUUAGAAAGCAUUAUUACCAAUAUUCAUUUUGUUUCCCGCCCUUGCUCGUUUCCCGUCCUCACGUAGCUUUGAAUUUUUUUGGGGGGGAAUGGGUGAUCAAAUUUCCCGUUUAUCUUUUGUUGGGGAUUGUGUAGUUCGUACUUUUAUUUUGGUAUUUUGCUGGGGGCUGUAGUUGUACCUAUUGUUUUCCUCACAUAACAUUUUUUGGUUGUUUCAGCAAACUAACAUGUUGUGUCCAAUAUGUAGUAGUACUAUCAGUCUUGAAACCUUUUGGUCACAUCUUAAUUCAUUUCAUCGGUCCAAAAAAGGUGUAAAUCUCACGUGUACUGUAGGAGGUGAGAAUUCAUGUUCAAAUGUAUUCAGAUCUGUGUCUGCCAUCAAGAACCAUUAUUAUAAAUGGCACUAUGUUGCUUCAAAAGAAGAAUCAUUGCCAUCUUCCUCAACAUUGCCAUCCCAAUCAACUCUGCCUGGAGCAGAUUGCCGAGGUGACAAUUUGCCUCCUCCCAUCCCCGAUCAAGAUAGUGUUCUGCAAGUUCACGAUGUGUCAAUUAAGCCAACCUGCUUCUGUUGAAGAGAGCAUGCUUGUUUCUGAAAGAGAUAUUAACAUUGAUGUUUGUGAUGCAUCUUUCACUCCAACAUCCAUUCCUGCAACUGUAAGUUCUAUUGCAACUCCCGACCCACAAAUUCAGAAUCCCCCGAAUGUUGAAGUGCGUCAAAAAGCAGAGCACUCUGACCGUGACCAAUUUCCAGCCCCGUCAAAUCCUGAUGUAUGUCAAGAGCAAGAGGAUACUGAAUGUGAAGAUUUUGAUGCCAAUGACUAUGAAGAUGUAUCUGAUGAAGAAGAUGACGAAUUGAUAAGUGUUGCUUCUAAUGAAUCAAAACAGUCACAUGAUGUAGGCAUAAGCAAUGUUAAUUCAGAUGCUUCUGACCUCUUGCUCUUUUUGAGGUCAAAGUGUACUGUACCCCAGAGUGCCAUUGCAGGGAUUGUUGACAAAUGUGAGUCUCUAGUUCGAAGUCAGGUUCUCAAAGUUGUGGAUACUGUUUCUGCUAAACUUGCAGCUAAAAAUAUAGAUGUUAGCACUGUAAUAAAUGUGGAAGAAACAGUUGCUAAUUGCACCAAAGUAUUUACUGGAAUCGAAACAAAAUGGAAGCAAGACAAUUUUUUUCAAAAGAAAUUAAAUGUGGUGCGGCCAUUGAGAUUUUUUGUUGGGCGUCAUUUGAAAAGGAAAAGGGAACGGAAAACUGGUGCAAGAAAAAAUAUGUUUGUUGAGAAUAGUGUACUUUACAACCCUAUUUUAAGUUACAUUGAGAAACUUGUAGAGCAUCCUGAUUUUGAGAAAGUGACUGAUUCUUCCUUAUUUGAUCCUGAUGAAAAUGUUUUAGAUUCCUUCUCAAAGGGUGAAAGAUUCAAGAAAAGUGCAUUUUUUAGGAAGCAUCCAAGAGCUCUCAGGUUACAAUUGUACUUUGAUGAAUUUGAUCCUUGUGAUGCCAUUGCAUCUAAAGCUGGUCUUCACAAAAUUGGUGAAUUCUAUUUAACCUUUGAAAAUAUUCAUUCUCGCUACAGUUCAAACUUGGAUUUUAUUUGUCUUGUUGCACUAUGCAACGCAAAUACUACUAAGGAUGUUGGUUUUGAUGUAGUAAUGAAACCAAUUCUGAAGGACCUUAAAAAGCUGGAAAAAGGCAUCCGUUUGAGAAGUGGAAAUGUCAUACAUGGAUCUUUGAUAUCAGUUAUCGGUGAUAACCUUGGAAUUCACGGAGUGUGUGGAUUCAAGGAGGGAUUUACAGCUUUUCGCACUUGCCAUCAUUGUAUGGCCGACCCCGACCAGCUUCACUCCCUGACAACUGAGAAAGAGGACCUUCUACGAACAACUGCAGAUCAUGAUAGUCAGGUAAAUGAAAUGUCAGCAGCCAAAACAAAAAAGAAACGAGAAGAACUAAGCACCGAGUUUGGUAUCAACCGUGGCUGCUCUCUAAAUGAACUGGAAACUUUUCAUGUAAUUGGUUCAGUUGUGGCAGAAACCAUGCACGAUUUGAACGAGGGCUGUUUAAAUAUUCAAGUCUGCAAUCUGAUCGCUUACUUAUUAUCUGGUGAGAACCCUGUCAUGACCCUUGACUGGUUGAAUGAGGUCCUUUCUGAUUUUGAUUAUGAAUAUUCAGAAAGUUCUAGUAAACCGUCAUUGAUAAGAAAGAAUCAUGUGGAAGAUAAAGAUAGCAAGUUGCACCAGAACUCGUCUCAAAUGUGUCAACUAGCCAUGAUGUUACCAUUGAUAUUGGGUCCACAUGUUGCAGCUGAUGAUCCUCACUGGGAGAACUUUCUCCUCCUGAUUCAGUUAUGUAAAAUUGUAUAUUCUCCUGAAGUUUGUCGCCAUGAAAUUGAAGAACUAUCUGACAUUAUUGAACAAUAUCUGACUGGCUUUAUAGAUUUAUAUCGAGAACUGAUUCCAAAGCAGCAUUUUUUAACCCAUUAUCCCCGGUUAAUCCUGGAAAACGGGUCUUUGGCACUCUACUCCUGCAUGCGAAUGGAGGCAUUUCACCGCCAAUUCAAGAGGAAAGCUUACUCGCUCGGAAACUACAUCAAUAUUGAAGUAUCACUGGCAAUGUCGUAUGCUUUGGACCAGGCUGUGUUGCUGUCAGGAAGUUUAAUUCCAGUCACCAAGUAUGGACCCUCUACUAAAUUAAAGCUCAAAGAUAGAUGCUAUAAUCAUCUGUUAACUGGUUCAGAAUAUGUUAUUGAAUCCAAUUGGGUGACUCAUGAGGGCCUUACAGUGAUUCCGGGUAGAUGCUUUCUGGCAUUUGAAUGCCAAGACUUUUUGCCAACAUUUGCACUUGUGAAAUCAGUUAUUGUCUGGCCGCAAUUAAUCUUCAUAUGUCAGAGGGCAAACUCAUUGUGUUUCAACCCACACAUGAAUGCAUUUGAAAUCCAACUAACCGAUACUUUAAUUGCAUUGAAGCCUGAGCAACUGAUUGGUCAUUCAGUUUUUCACUCGCAUGAAAUGGUGGGCAAGCAAUGGAUUGUGACCAAGUAUAAUAUUAAGGGUAGCUUCUAAAUGUGUCAAAAUGGACAUGGAGUCUGGGACAGCGUCAGGUGUCAAAACAAACAAGGACCCUAGAGAUGUGGUGCGUGGAAAGUGUUCUAAAUGUGAUCAGUGCUUAGAGUAUGAGUAUAAUCCAAAUACUGGACGCGCUG